GAGCCGAGUGGGCGUCUCGGAUUCCGAUCGUAAUUGAGGGACGUUUAACCCAAUAAUCCUGAAGCAUUGAUGAUCGGAAAACUCGUCAACCUCAGGGAACCCCGUUGCCAUCGUAGAAUAUAUCAUGUUCAUACCAGGCCACAGCAGCGCGACUCGACUUUUAUCUCCAUUCCAGGUGCAACGGUAUGCACUUCACUGCAUUGUGACAGCUCGGUUUGUCAAAAGGGACCUCGUGUUGAAACUGACAAGCGCACAAGUCUAUAGACGCCCAAGUUUCACACCCGAACAGUCUAAGACCCACCGGGUACCGGGUAAUUAUACUGUCACCGACCCCACAGCAAUAUUCAUGAUGUGCCAGCAUUUUACGAAAUAUGACCUCGCAACAUAUCCAACAACAAGAUGUCUGAGCAAUAUCAUACUCGAUCAAGAACCAGUUCACUCGGGCUAUCAAUAUCUUGAAGGUGGCGUAAUGACAAACGGUCUCUUGCCAUUGGAACAGCUAAUAAAAAGCCAUAUCUGCAAUGAUACCAUGAUUCGACGCGUCCCUGGAGUUAUCUGUCGCGCUGCUGCGAUAGCAAAAAGCCUCAGGCUGUCCAAGGCGAUAUCAUACUUGCGAGUGACAACUGGCUCGUUCCGUGCAGCAGCUAUAUUUUUGACUUGUGCAAUCAUCUCAUGGUCCGAUGAUCCUCUAAUGCUGCGGCUGCGCUCAAAAAUGAACCAAAAUAAUGACCAAGGCAAACCAUAGGCCUCGAGACGUUCAACGCUCAGCUCAUUGCGGGGCGCCGCACAAGAACGCAUACCCCAGAUACUUAGUGGACAUACUAUCUUCGCGAUGGUCCACUUUUUAUGCGCGGC